AUGAACCACGAGUUGGCGAAACGGCAUUUCUGGUGCAACGGAGUGGAUUCCAAGAACAUCUGCCCUGAAGCCCAGACCAUGGUCCCCAUCGACGAGUACGCCUGCGACGCCAUCUCCAGUGCUGGAAGGAUGAGCCAGAUAUCGCCACCUGUCAACGGCGAGGAGAGUACCACUUGCCAGCAGCAGGCGCCCGCUGAAAAGCUGUCGACUCGACUGGCCGUUCAGGGGAGUUUGGAGUCUAGCCCUAUAGUUGGCUCUACUGUACCGAUGCAUUUGACGUGUACGGAAAUUGAUGGCGCGACUGGAUCUUCCCUUCUGUUGAACUGCACGACGGCAGCUUGA